AUGAAAAUUCAAAAAGCGACCCUAAGCAGAUCUUCGGAUACGUACUUACCUGCGAGAAGUACGGAGGUAUCGAGAAUAUCUCGCAAUCUUGAUCCUGAAAUUCAUCCUUUUGAACGUGCUCGUGAAUACACGCGUGCCUUAAAUGCGACCAAACUUGAACGGGUUUUUGCUGCACCUUUUGUUGGCCAACUGGGAAACGGACAUGGUGAUGGCGUGUACUCUUUGGCAAAGAAUACACGCAGGAUAAACGCUGUUGCUAGUGGAAGUGGAGACGGUGUUAUCAAGCUCUGGGACUUAACCUCUCGAGAACAGCUUCUGUCGGUUGCUGCUCACAAAGGCAUAGUCAAGGGAUUGACAGUCACCUUGGAUGGCAACUUAUUAUCUUGUGGAAUGGAUAGCACUGUGAAACUAUGGGAUGUACUUGCAUCCAAUGCUUCCGCCCCUAUCAAAACUUUUCUAGGAUCGAGCGGAUUCACUGGUAUAGAUCAUCACCGCUCAAGUCCCACGUUCGCAACGUCGUCUGCAAAAGUCGAAAUCUGGGAUCUCGGUCGUUCAAAGCCCAUAGCCGAUCUAUCUUGGGGUGCUGACAACGUCAGUACAGUCAAAUUUAACCAGUCCGAACAGUCGAUACUGGCGUCGGCUGGAAGCGACAGAUCUAUCAUCAUUCACGAUACUCGAUCCAGCUCGCCAGUUCAGAAGCUUGUAACAGCGAUGCGCACCAAUGCGAUAUCGUGGAAUCCGAUGGAAGCAUUUGUUUUUGCGGCUGCAAAUGAAGAUUACAACACCUAUCUAUAUGAUAUGCGGAAAUUGUCGCGGUCGCUGAAUGUCUACAAGAACCAUGUGAAGGCCGUGAUGGAUGUUGAUUUUUCUCCUACAGGGCAGGAGCUUGUUACGGGCUCCUACGACAAGACAAUACGCAUUUUCCGAACUCGAGAUGGCCAUUCGCGUGAUAUAUAUCAUACUAAAAGAAUGCAGAGACUGUUUUGCGUUAAGUAUACGAUGGAUUCGAAGUACAUCAUAUCGGGUUCGGAUGAAGGUAACGUCAGAAUUUGGCGUGCGGACGCAGCAUCCAGGUCCAAUGUCAAAUCUGCUCGUCAGCGGGCAAAACUUGAAUACGACGAUGCCUUGAAAGAGAGAUACAAAAAUAUGCCGGAAAUCCGGAGAAUCAGUCGGCACCGGCAUGUGCCGGCACAUGUUAAAAACGCAGCUGAUACUAUGAAGAUCGAGAUCGCUAGUAGAGAAAGAAAGGAAGAUAACAUGCGCAAGCGCAGUGCGAAGGGAUCUAUGGCUUUCAGUAAAGAGAGAGAAAAGCAUAUUGUCGGUGUGGCUACGAAGGAUACCUAA